AUGGCGAUGGAGUUGGCGGCGGAGAUCGUGGUGGAGAAAGCCGUAUUCGAUAAGGUGAUGUAUGGACUGGAAGGUGCCUUAAUAGUGAAUGAGGAGGAUAUGUUAGUGGCUGGAAAGCAUGAUGUGCCGACAAUGGAAGAAAAGUCCGCCGUGAUGGUGGAUAAGGAGGCCGUGGCAAUGGUUAUUGGAGAAGAAGCGACGGAGGAGAAAGCGGUGGGGGAGAAGGAAAGAAGACUAGAGCGCAGCUAUAUUGCUCUAAAUGUCAAAUGA